AACGUCAGACACUUGUGACGUUUUCCCUAAAGGUUAUCAGUGCCUGCGUGUUCACAACUCUACCGGUGUUCAUAUUCUCACCUGAAAAAGGGCUAAAAAUCGUUCCUUCAUUGUGAUAUUGACAAUUCACGAGGAUGAGGGGGGUUUUGAGCCUUUUGGUGGUUGCACUUUCCCUGUGUUUUUUCGGGGUAAAUUCACAGUACAGAACUAAAGCAAGCCAGAGUUUACCACUGGCUGAGCGAGUGCAGCAAUUAACAGAUAUGGCUAUGAAAACACCAGUGCUGAAGUUCAAUGGGGCGAAAUUUAAGGAAUACGUGAGAGCAGCACCGAGGAAUUACUCUGUCAUUGUCAUGUUCACUGCCAUGGCACCGCAAAGGCAGUGUCAAAUUUGCAGCCAUGCUAAUGAAGAAUUCAUGAUAGUAGCAAACUCAUUCCGCUACCCGCAGCCUCACUCUAAUAAAUUGUUCUUCGUGUCUGUUGACUUCGACGAAGGAUCAGAUGUUUUCCAAGCGAUGAAAUUGAACACAGCUCCAGUGUAUAUGCACUUCCCCCCGAAGGGCAAGCUCAAAGCUGCAGAUACUAUGGACAUUCAGAGGGUUGGAUUUGGUGCCGAAGCGAUAGCCAAGUGGAUAUCAGAACGGACUGACAUACAGAUUCGCGUUUUUAGGCCACCAAACUACGCUGGAACUGUUGCUCUUAUCAUGUUGUUGGUGCUCGUCGCUGGAUUCUUGUAUUUGAGGAGAAAUAACCUCGACUUUAUGUACAAUAAAACCAUGUGGGGAUUUGGAGCACUGUUCUUCACGCUGACGAUGAUUUCUGGUCAAAUGUGGAAUCACAUAAGAGGGCCUCCGUUCAUCCACAAGUCACCUAAUGGAAAUGUGGCGUAUAUUCAUGGCUCUUCGCAGGGACAAUUUGUUCUGGAAACCCAUAUCGUGAUGGUGCUGAAUGGAGCAGUAGUAUUAGGUAUGAUUCUGAUGACUGAAGCAGCUUCACGAAAUGGAAACGUGAAGAAACGUCGAAUUUUUGCUGUGAUUGGUGCCGGCCUCCUGGCCGUCUUCUUCAGCCUCCUGCUCUCCAUAUUCAGGAAUAAGGCUCAAGGAUAUCCGUACAGUCUUCUCUUCAAGUAAAUGAAAUUGCAGUGCCUGUUGAGAAAUUUAUUUCGCUGUUCAUAAUCCUAUUAGCGUAAGAAAAUCUAAUUAUUGAGUCUCACGUGACAAUGUGGAUUAAUGGAAUGACAUUAUUAGGAACAAAAUUUGUAUGAAUUGAAAUACAUGUUUUUUUCCAUCUGUUUCUUUGAAUAAAGUCAGUCGUUUCGUUUAA